AUGAUUACUACACCAGAUAUAAAUGACUCUACAUUUCAUGAACUCUAAAAUGAGAUAUAAUGUCUUAAAUCUGAGAAAGAGGAAUUCAAACAAACUUUGUUAAAAUUAUGGAUUCAGAUUUCAAAGACAUUAAAUGAUGACUUUGAAGAAAUAUUGAAGUUAGGCAUAAAUUCAGAUAUUGAGGAUAUUAUGAAUGCAAUUUUUAUUGUAGAAGAAGCAAGACAAGAAUAAAUAAAUGUAUUUAUAUAAUAUUAAUAGUUUUAGAAUGAAAGAAAUUAGAUUGUUGCUUUGAAUGAACAAUUAAAAUCACAUAAGAAUACUACAGAUUCAGGAAAUGAAGAAUUAAAAUAAGUAGAAAAAUAAUAUAGAGAAUUAAGUGAAUUAGUUUUAUAAUUAAAAUAAUAGAAUGUAGACAAAGAUCUUUAAAUUUCUAUUUUGAAUGCAGAAACUAAUAAACUUAAAAUGGAGAUUACAUAAUUAUCAUCUAAAUUAAAUGAUUUAUCAGCAGUUUUAAUAUAAGCAAAGGAAGAAAAAAUUAAAUAUAUGGAAUAAACAUAAAAUUAGAUUAAGGUGUUGAUGGAAAAAGAUUUACACAAUAGUAGACAGAUAUAAAUGUUAUAAAUAUAAAAAAUUGAACUAGAAAAUAGUUUAAAAAAGUACAAUUAAAAAUAUACAAAUGAAUAAUCUAACAUUAUGUAUUGUUAAACUUAAAAAGAAGAAGAUUAAACUAGAAUGCUUAGUUGUUCUCCAAGUACUUUUUUUACUUUCAUAUUUAAGGAACUACACAUAUAGAUUUUUCAAAAAUUGUAUAAUAAAGUUUACAUAAUAAGAAGGCUGAAAUGGUAUCAGGAUCUUCGCUUUCUCAAAUUCCCUAUAGAUUUGGUAAAUGA